AUGGUAGGCUCGUCGUGCCUGAUUCUCCGUCAACUAGCCACAGUCCAGGUGCUUCAAACGGCUCUUUCUGCGCUGUUCUACCACUUCGUCACAUCGAUCCAUGAUCCCAAUCCUACAGUAGCUCAACGAGCCAUAAUUGCUCUCAGAGCACUACCGACACAAACGCUGAAGAUGAUGUGCUUUUGCUUUGAGUCACAAUUUGACUCUUGCAUUAUGGAUCGUCCAAUCAUUGUCAAUACGAUACGGCUGCUCACCACUCAACUCCCCGACGAGAACAUGCUCACCUUCGACUUUUUUAUACAGAGAUUUGAAACGUUGGUCCUCGAGAGCCAGUUGGUUAGCCAAAGCGAAGAUACCAUGUUCGUGCAAGAUCUGAUGCAUACGGAUCCAAUGAGUGAGAUCUACCAGCGCAAGGUGAACAAAGCCAAGAAGACAAUCGAAGAGGCAAGUAUAGCCAAAUCAAUCGUCAGAUAUCUACGAGAAUAUAAUGCCCUAAAACAUCAACUUUGUUAUCAACCCAGCGAGCCUCCCGCUGCAACGCAUGGAUAG